CCUCAUACAAUGGAUUCACAGAGGAAGUGCCAGUGAAUCCUGGUCAGCCACAUUUAAUUUUGGGUUGUCAUCCUGAGUCUAAAAUUCUAGAAUCUCAGGAGGCUGUCACAGUUCACAAACAUGGUAUUCUUCAAAAGGACCCAGUUUGUCCUGCCAAACCACAUACUGGUGAAAUGUUAGAGGAGCUUCCAGUAAACUCUGCCACUGUAAUGUAUCACUCUGAGACUACUUUGGAUUCCUCCAUUGUUCAGCCAGAAGAGUUACUUCUAAUCAAUCAAGAGAGCACCCCUGAGAAGACGCAAAAUGAUAUAAAGAAUAAUUCGCCUGGAUCAUAUGUGAGCCUGAGCAGUGACCAUGAAGAUCAACCAUUGCCAGAAACAGAAGAAAAAGAACCAUCUAGGGAGGCUGUUAUAGUUCUGAAGCAAAUGAUGGAAAGCCAAGACUUUGCAGUACCUGCACUCCAAGAGAAGGCAAAUAUUAAAGAAAAGACAGAAAGCAUAUGCUAUGACAGGAAUUUCUUACUCCAAUUCAAAUCCAUCACACAGGAGCCAAAGGACUUCUCUGAGAUCUGUAAAAUCCACCAAGGUAUGGUUAUUAGACCUCACCUUCGGCCAGUGGAUCCUUCACGAUUGACCCGCAGGAAUUGCACACUUCUAUCUGCAAAUUUCUGCCAUCCUGCUAAGGGUAAUCGCAGAUUGCCAUCUGGAAAGGGUCAAAUGAGGUCUCAGCAAGCUCCUGCUAAAGAACCUCAUAAAAUUAUUCAACUCAAUGAGAAUGUUACACUGCAAAAAUCCGCCAAAGCAUGGAGACCUCCUAUGAAAAGGGCAAACGAAGAACCCAGUAGAGUCAAGGCUCAAGAACUGUUUCGGAGAGUUCGCGGUAUUCUAAAUGAGAUCACUCCUCAGACAUUCCAGCACUUAAUCCAUCAGGUGAAGGACCUCUCUGUAGACACAGAGUAUCAGCUUAAAGGUGUUGCUGAACUCAUAUUCGAAAAAUCAUUUUGCAGUGAUAUAUGCCAACAUGUGCAAUUGGCUAAAGAUGCUUGA